AUGGCAGGCAAGAAAGGAGGUGAGAACACCAAAAAGGCGGCUGGCAAUGCCCGCAAGGCAGAAGCCGCAGCCAACAAGAAGGCAGCUGAAGAUUCCAAGCGUGCCGCAGAGGAAGACAAGGCCUGGCAGAAAGGAGCUAAAAACAACUCCAAGAAGGAAGAUGCAGAAGCCAAGAAAGCCGAAGCAGCACGUAAAAAAGCCGAACGGGAUGCCAUGCUCGCCGCCGAAGAGGCCUCUCAACCGUCCAAGGGCAAGGGCAACGCUAAACAAGCGCAGAAGAAGACCCGCGGUCUGGACCUGGCGCAGCUCGAUGACGAGCCUGCGUCUCGGAAGGGAUCCACGCUUAAUGCUUCUGGUAUCGAUAAUGCUUUAGAUGCACUGUCGUUGACCAGCAAGGAUUCGUCCAAGAUAGAUCGACACCCAGAGCGGCGAUACAAGGCGGCCUAUGCAGCGUACGAGGCACGGCGCAUGCCCGAGAUUGAGCAGGAGAACCCGGGGUUGAGGAGACAGCAACGGAUCGAGCUAGUGAAGAAGGAGUUUGACAAGAGCGAGGAGAACCCGUUCAACCAGGCGCAUGUGGCAUUUGAUGCGUCUCGCGAGGAGCUGGCUAAUGUAAGAGAGGCAGAGAGAAGGAAGGUGGAAGCCAGGUUGGGGAAAUGA